AUGUCCAUGGACAGUGGCGGCUUCCUAGUGGCCAUCUCAAACACGGUGCACCCCACGCUCCAGAUGUCCGACUUCCUGCUGUGACCAAUCUUGUUGAUGACCUCCGGCACCAUCCAGUAGGGUGUGCCGUGCAACGAUUUCAGGAGGCCACUACGACCGUGUGAGCGAGGCAACUCAAAUGCCAGGCACAGCCGAAGUCUAUCAGCUUGUCUUCUCCUGUAGGCAUGAACAUGACGUUCCCCUUCAGGUCCCUGUGGAUGACCCUGUUGAGGAGCAGGUAGGACACCCCCUCCAUGGGUGUACAGAGCCAGGAUGCUCUCCGGAAGAGGGCCGACGCGGUAGAGCACGCUGGCGAUGCAGCCUCCAGGGACAUACUCCAUGAAGACGACGACACAUGAUUUUGGAAAUCCACGACUUAAUGCGGCGUGCCUGGAUACAGCCCUUAGCCAUGGUACAGUAUAUUGGCCAUAUACCACAAACCCCCAAGGUGCCUUGUUGCUAUUACAAACUGGUUACCAUCAUAAUUAGAACAGUAAAAAAAAAGAAAUGUUUUGUCUUACCGAUAGUAUACGGUCUGAUAUACCACGACUUUCAGCCAAUCAGCAUUCAGGGCUCGAACCACUCAGUUUACAGUAGAAUGUAAACAACACACAGCUCAUGUAUAAUUAAGCAAUAAGUCACAGGGUUUGUGGUAUAUGGCCAAUAUACAUUCCAUUUUAGUCAUUUAGCAGACGCUCUUAUCCAGAGUGACUUAUAGGAGCAAUUAGGGUUAAGUGCCUUGCUCAAGGGCACAUCGACAGAUUUUUCACCUAGUUGGCUCUGGGAUUAGAACCAGCGACCUUUCGGUUACUGGCACAACGAUCUUAACCACUAAGCUACCUGCCGCCUGUGAACAGCCCUUGGCCGUGGUAUAUUGGCGAUACCACACCCCCUUGGGCCUUAUGGCUUAAUUAUACAUGAGCUGUGUGUUGUAGGUAACUGUGUAGUGAUAAUAGAAUUAGGCCUGUAGUGACAAUGGAAAGUAAUUUUGAAAUGGAAGUUUAAUCAAUGAAAUAUAUAAUCUCACAUUCUAUUGUAAACUUGGACCAAGUGUUAUUUGCUUACACCCUGUAAUGAUUUAUCAUGCCUCGGCACAGAAUUAUUUCUGAGUUCCCUCUCGUUGUCGGAGUCAGUUGUGUUCUGCCCUCUCUCGUCCAGUGAUAUCAGCUCUUCAGACAGACAUCGCAGCAGAGGCCCCUUACUCCACCCAGAAACUUCUGGAACACAGGUGACAUGGUCCUGCUGUCACAGCUACCUGAGGUCCAGGUGUCGAUCUAAUGCCGCGUUUUCAACGGUCAUCCAACUCGAAAUUCCAACUCGGGAACUCUGGCCUCUUUCUAGAGCUCAGACUUUCCGACCUGAAGAUCACUGACAUCAUGAUUUGACCUCGUAUUUUUCAGAGUUCCCAGUUGUUUUGAAUGCGGCAUCAGGCUGCACUGGGCUGUAGGAUUGAGGGGAUGAAUGGUCCAGGCGAUUUGCCUUGCUAUUGUCAGUGUCGGACAUGUUGCUCCCCAUGGCUCCCUCAUUGUCCUGCACACAGAGACCAUCAUCAUCUUGGUCAGAAUGAGAUGUGAGUUUAGUCGUUGACCAGGAGAGGUUUUGUCUCCUGGCCGGUGGCGAGAGAUUAAAGGGUCUGACGCAUGGCUGGACAUUGACAGCACUUCCUCUAUCACUGACCGCGACAACGUAGGGUGUCCCUCUGACACCUGUGGUGUGUUCGGAGAGACAGCCUCUUCUCCUUCACUCAGGACCAGCUCAGUCUUAGAAUGAGUGUGGCUGUGCCAGAAAUGACCACCACAUCGUCUUUUUGUCAUCGGUGAUGGCGUUAGAUCUGACUUUCCCCUGUAUAUAGACGGAUUACCAGGACAUGUACUCAGAGCAUGCGCCGACCAACAAGCAAGUGUCUUCACUGACAUUUUAAACCUCUCCCUGACCGAGUCUGUAAGACCUACAUGUUUCAAGCAGUCCACCAUAGUCCCUUUGCCCAAGAAGGCGAAGUUAACCUGCCUAAAUGACUACCGCCCCGUAGCACUCACGUCGGUAGCCAUGAAGUGCUUUGAAAGGCUGGUCAUGGCUCACAUCAACACCAUCAUCCCGGAAACCCUACACCCACUCCAAUUCGCAUACCGCCCCAACAGAUCCACAGAUGACGCAAUCUCAAUCGCACUCCACUCUGCCCUUUCCCACCUGGAUAAAAGGAACACCUAUGUGAGAAUGCUGGUCAUUGACUACAGCUCAGCGUUCAACACCAUAGUGCCCACAAAGCUCAUCACUAAGCUAAGGAUCCUGGGACUAAACACCUCCCUCUGCAACUGGAUCCUGGACUUCCUGAGGGGCCGCCCCCAGGUGGUAAGGGUAGGUAACAACACAUCUGCCACGCUGAUCCUCAACAUGGAGGCCCCACAGGGGUGCGUGCUUAGUCCCCUCCUGUUACUCCCUGUUCACCCACGACUGCGUGGCCAAGCAUGACUCCAACACCAUCAUUAAUUUUGCUGACGACACAACGGUGGUAGGCCUGAUCACCGACAACGAUGAGACAGCCUAUAGGGAAGAGGUCAGAGACCUGGCAGUGUGGUGCCAGGACAACAACCUCUCUCUCAACGUGAGCAAGACAAAGGAGCUGAUCGUGGACUACAGGAAAAGGAGGGCCGAACACGCCCCUGUUCACAUCGACAGGGCUGUAGUGGAGCGGGUCGAGACUUUCAAGUUUCUUGGUGUCCACAUCACCAACAAACUAUCAUGGUCCAAACACACCAAGACAGUUGUGAAGACGAUGCCUUUUCCCCCUCAGGAGACUGAAAAGAUUUGGCAUGACCGGUUACAUCACCGUCUGGUAUGGCAACUGCUCGGCCUCUGACCCAAGGCACUACAGAAGGUAGUGCGUACGGCCCAGUACAUCACUGGGGCCAAGCUUCCUGCCAUUCCGGACCUAUACACUAGGCGGUCUCAGAGGAAGGCCCAAAAAAUUGUCAGACUCCAGUCACCCAAGUCAUAGACCAGGGUUCUUCAAUUCCGGUCCUGGAGGGCCGAAACACUUCUGUUUUUUAUUUCUACCUGGUAGUUAAUUGCACUCACCUGGUGUCCCAGGUCUGAAUUAGCCCCUGAUUAGAAGGAGAGGAUGAAAAACAGAGAUGUUUUGGCCCUCCAGGACCGGAAUUGAAGAACCCUGUCAUAGACUGUACUCUCUGCUACCGUACGGCAAGCGGUACUGGAGCGCCAAGUCUAGGUCCAAAAGGCUCCUUAACAGCUUCUACUCCCAAGCCAUAAGACUGCUGAACAAUCAAAUGGCCACCCGGACUAUUUACAUUGACCCCCCCCCCCUCCUUGUCUUUACACUGCUGCUACUCGCUGUUUAUUAUCUAUGCAUAGUCACCUUACCCCUACCUACAUGUACAAAUUACCUCAACUAACCUGUACCCCCGCACAUUGACUCUGCACCGGUACCCCCUGUACAUAGCCUUGUUAUUAUUUUAUUGUUUUGGAUUUUUUACUUUAGUUUAUUUAGUAAACUUAACUGCAUUGUUGGUUAAGGGCUUGUAAUUAAGCAUUUCACAGUAAAGUAAAGAACACCUGUUGUAUUAUUGUGCGGUCUGGCACUUUUCAGCUCCCUCUGCUGAAUAAGUGUCCUUUUUGUAAUUUUCAGCCAUUUGCAGCUUGGACGUAAGGGCUCUAACCCUUGUUCGGACACAGGGUGAGUCUGUGCUUUUCUGACCAGUCUUUGACAAAGUUUGAUUUCACUGUGGCCUCACCAAUGAUGAUGGGAUCCGAAGGUUUUCUGACCUUUGCUUUAACUUGUAAAGGAAUGGACAAAGUCCUCCGGUUGCUUUUGGACUUGCUGUUCCCCCGAAUGGUAUGUUUGUGUGCCAAGACGUUGAAAGACCGAUUUUUGGUUUGGACACUAGAGAUUCCUCUUCUCUUUGUUCUUGAUAGGUUUGGUGUUUUCCUCCUGCAGGAGGGCUGCAUUCAGAAAGUGAUAUUCACAGUAGAAGGAAAACAUUGAUACUUGGUGUUCUCCACAACAUGCAUCUUUGCAUUAUUGUCAUCGACUUGAAUGGCUUUGUUUCUAUGUCUUUCAGAUGCUGAAGAACAUGUGGUCGUUGGCUCAGUUCCUGUUGUCUCUCUUGAGUCCCCCUAAGCACAUCACCUUUGUCCGUUCCACUGCCACCCACCUCUUCCUCACAGUCCCUCUCAAAGCAUGAGGUGCUGUUAAUGUCUUUGAACUUCGUCAAAUCAAGUGUAAGCUGGUGCCUCAUCUCAAUUAUUGCUUUGUGCCCUCUCCCUUGAUAGGCGCUCCGUCAUUAAUAUUGUACGUAAUGUGUUGACUCCCUAUUAUUCCUCACUGUAAUCUCCAACAUCAAACUUCCCAGAUGAUUUCUAGAUCCAAGUGCAACCUUCCCUUAAAAGUCUCUCUCUGUUUGGCGGUGGCCUCUCUCAUCCUCCUCUUCCUCCAGGUUGAUGGAGGACUGGCUGGUGUUGGAGCUAGAGCUGCUAUCCUCGCUGCUCUCCCCCGGUGGCUGGGGACCCCCCUGGGGCUCACUCUGCUCCUGGCCAUCCUUUCCCUCCUCAGCCUGUAGGUCAUGGACACCAGCCUGAUGGGCUUCAGGGGAGAAUGGUGCUUCAGGCCAGGUAGCACUCCUCCGCCUCUAUGUCCCCUGCAGCAAUGUUCCAACAUCUAGUGGAAAGCCUUUCCAGAAGAGUAGAGGCUGCUAUAGCAGCAAAGGGGGAACCAACUCCAUAUUAAUGCCCAUGUUCAACGAGCAGGUGUCCACGUACUUUUGGUCAUGUAGUGUACAAUAUGUGUUUGUGUAUAUACAGUGCCUUGCAAAAGUAUUCAUCCCCCUUGGCUUUUUUCCUAUUUUGUUGCAUUACAACCUGUAAUUCAAAUGGAUUUAAUGUAAUGGACAUACACAAAAUAGUCCAAAUUGGUGAAGUGAAAUGGAAAAACAAUAAAAAAAUUUUUUUUAAUAACAGAAAAGUGGUGUGUGCAUAUGUAUUCACUCCCUUUGCUAUGAAUCCCUUAAAUAAGAUCUGGUGCUACCAAUUACCUUCAGAAGUCACAUAAUUAGUUAAAUAAAGUCCACCUGUGUGCAAUCUAAGUGUCACAUGAUCUGUCGCAUGAUCCCAGAGUCUGCAACACCACUAAGCAAGGGGCACCACCAAGCAAGCGGCAUCAUGAAGACCAAGGAGCUCUCCAAACAGGUCAGGGACAAAGUUGUGGAGAAGUACAGAUCAGGGUUGGGUUAUAAAAAAAUAUCCUAAACUUUGAACAUCCCACAGAGCCAUUAAAUCAAAAAAAAAUAUUAAUGGAAAGAAUAUGGCACCACAACAAACCUGCCAAGAGAGGGCCGCCCACCAAAACUCAUGGACCAGGCAAGGAGGGCAUUAAUCAGAGGCACAGCGGAGAUUGGAGUAUCUGUACAUAGGACCGCUUUAAGCCGUGCACUCCACAGAGCUGGGCUUUACGGAGGAGUGGCCAGAAAAAAAGCCAUUGCUUAAAGAAAAAAAAUAAGCAAACACGUUUGGUGUUCGCCAAAAGGCAUGUGCGAGGCUCCGCAAACAUAUGGAAGAGGGUACUCUGGUCAGAUGAGACUAAAAUUGAGCUUUUUGGCCAUCAAGGAAAACGCUAUGUCUGGCGCAAACCCAACACUUCUCAUCACCCCAAGAACACCAUCCCCACAGUGAAGCAUGGUGGUGGCAUCAUCAUGCUGUGGGGAUGUUUUUCAUUGGCAGGGACUGGGAAACUGGUCAGAAUUGAAGGAAUGAUGGAUGGCGCUAAAUACAGGGAAAUUCUUGAGGGAAACCUGUUUUAGUCUUCCAGAGAUUUGAGACUGGGACGGAGGUUCACCUUCCAGCAGGACAAUGACCCUAAGCAUACUGCUAAAGCAACACUCGAUUGGUUUAAGGGGAAACAUUUAAAUGUCUUGGAAUGGCCUAGUCAAAGCCCAGACCUCAAUCCAAUUGAGAAUCUGUGGUAUGACUUAAAGAUUGCUGUACACCACUGGAACCCAUCCAACUUGAAGGAGCUGAAGCAGUUUUGCCUUGAAGAAGGGCAAAAAUCCCAGUGGCUAUAUGUGCCGAACUUAUAGAGACAUACCCCAAGAGACUUGCAGCUGUAAUUGCUGCAAAAGAUGGCUCUACAAAGUAUUGACUUUGGGGGGGUGAAUAGUUAUGCACGCUCAAGUUUUCUGUUUUUUUGUCUUAUUUCUUGUUUGUUUCACAAUAAAAAAAUAUUUUGCAUCUUCAAAGUGGUAGGCAUGUUGUGUAUAUCAAAUGAUACAAACCCCCCAAAAAUCCAUUUUAAUUCCAGGUUGUAAGGCAACAAAAUAGGAAAAAUGCCAAGGGGGGUGAAUAUUUUCGUAAUCCACUUUAUAUACUGCUAUGCCUUAUGACAUACACAAUUGAAUACUUGAUUGUGGUGAAUUUCCUACAAAAAUAUGGUAUGAUAUAUUUGAGACAGAAUAUAAGAAUUAUACACUGCUAAAAAAAUAAAGGGAACACUAAAAUAACACAUCCUAGAUCUGAAUGAAUGAAAUAAUCUUAUGAAAUACUUUUUUCUUUACAUAGUUGAAUGUGCUGACAACAAAAUCACACAAAAAUGAUCAACGGAAAUAAAAUCUAUCAACCCAUGGAGGUCUGGAUUUGGAGCCAUCCUCAAAAUUAAAGUGGAAAACCACACUACAGGCUGAUCCAACUUUGAUGUAAUGUCCUUAAAACAAGUCAAAAUGAGGCUCAGUAGUGUGUGUGGCCUCCACGUGCCUGUAUGACCUCCCUACAACGCCUGGGCAUGCUCCUGAUGAGGUGGCGGAUGGUCUCCUGAGGGAUCUCCUCCCAGACCUGGACUAAAGCAUCCGCCAACUCCUGGACAGUCUGUGGUGCAACGUGGCGUUGGUGGAUGGAGCGAGACAUGAUGUCCCAGAUGUGCUCAAUUGGAUUCAGGUCUGGGGAACGGGCGGGCCAGUCCAUAGCAUCAAUGCCUUCCUCUUGCAGGAACUGCUGACACACUCCAGCCACAUGAGGUCUAGCAUUGUCUUGCAUUAGGAGGAACCCAGGGCCAACCGCACCAGCAUAUGGUCUCACAAGGGGUCUGAGGAUCUCAUCUCGGUACCUAAUGGCAGUCAGGCUACCUCUGGCGAGCACAUGGAGGGCUGUGCGGCCCCCCAAAGAAAUGCCACCCCACACCAUGACUGACCCACCGCCAAACCGGUCAUGCUGGAGGAUGUUGCAGGCAGCAGAACAUUCUCCACGGCAUCUCCAGACUCUGUCACAUGUGCUCAGUGUGAACCUGCUUUCAUCUGUGAAGAGCACAGGGCGCCAGUGGCGAAUUUGCCAAUCUUGGUGUUCUCUGGCAAAUGCCAAAUGUCCUGCACGGUGUUGGGCUGUAAGCACAACCCCCACCUGUGGACGUCGGGCCCUCAUACCACCCUCAUGGAGUCUGUUUCUGACCGUUUGAGCAGACACAUGCAAAUUUGUGGCCUGCUAGAGGUCAUUUUGCAGGGCUCUGGCAGUGCUCCUCCUGCUCCUCCUUGCACAAAGGCGGAGGUAGCGGUCCUGCUGCUGGGUUGUUGCCCUCCUACGGCCUCCUCCACGUCUCCUGAUGUACUGGCCUGUCUCCUGGUAGCGCCUCCAUGCUCUGGACACUACGCUGACAGACACAGCAAACCUUCUUGCCACAGCUCGCAUUGAUGUGCCAUCCUGGAUGAGCUGCACUACCUGAGCCACUUGUGUGGGUUGUAGACUCCGUCUCAUGCUACCACUAGAGUGAAAGCACCGCCAGCAUUCAAAAGUGACCAAAACAUCAGCCAGGAAGCAUAGGAACUGAGAAGUGGUCUGUGGUCACCACCUGCAGAACCACUUCUUUAUUGGGGGUGUCUUGCUAAUUGCCUAUAAUUUCCACCUGUUGUCUAUUCCAUUUGCACAACAGCAUGUGACAUUUAUUGUCAAUCAGUGUUGCUUCCUAAGUCGACAGUUUGAUUUCACAGAAGUGUGAUUGACUUGGAGUUACAUUGUGUUGUUUAAGUGUUCCCUUUAUUUUUUUGAGCAGUGUAUGAUUAAUCUAUUAAUAUUAUAAGAAAAGUGUAUGUUCUGAGAAUAUAACCUCUGCAAAAUGUUUUAUUUCCUUAUAGGUUUCACAUUGUUUUUUUGUAAGUCAACAUAUAAAAAACCAUGACAAUGAAUAUAAUUAAAUUAACACAAAUACACCACUGACACAGUGCAUUCGGAAAGUAUUCAGACCCCUUCACUUUUUCCACAUUUUGUUACGUUACAGCCUUAUUCUAAAAUUGAUUAAAUUAUUUGUUUCCUCAUCAAUCUACACACAAUACCCAUAAUCACAAAGCAAAAACAGGUUUUUAUAAAUUAACAAAUGUGUGUGUAUAUAUGAACAGAAAAAUAUAAAUGGAAAUAUGGGCGGCAGGUAGCUUAGUGGUUAAGAGCGUUGUGCCAGUAACCGAAAGGUCGCUGGUUCUAAUCCCUGAGCCAACUAGGUGAAAAAUCUGUCGAUGUGACCUUGAGCAAGGCACUUAACCCUAAUUGCUCCUGUAAGUCGCUCUGGAUAAGAGCGUCUGCUAAAUGACUUAAAUGUAAAUGUAAAAUGUAAAAUCACAUUUACAUUGUUGAAGCACCUUUGGCAGCGAUUACAGCCUUGAGUCUUCUUGGAACAUUCAGAGACUGUGUUGUCUUGGCUGUGUGCUUAGGGUCGUUGUCCUGUUGGAAGGUGAACUUUUGCCCCAGUUUGAGGUACUGAGCGCUCUGGAGCAGGUUUUCAUUACAUUUUAGUCAUUUAGCAGACGCUCUUAUCCAGAGCGACUUACAAUUUGUGAGUGCAUACAUUUUUCAUACUGGUCCCCCGUGGGAAACGAACCCACAACCCUGGCGUUGCAAGCGCCAUGCCCUACCAACUGAGCUACAGGAGGGCCAUCAAGGAUCUUUCUGUACUUUGCUCCGUUCAUCUUUCCCUCGACCCUGACUAGAGUGUGCAAAGCUGUCAUCAAGGCAAAGGGUGGCUACUUUGAAGAAUCUCAAAUAUAAAAUAUAUUUUGAUUUGUUUAACACUUUUUUUUGGUUACUACAUGAUUCCAUAUGUGUUGUUUUAUAGUUUUGAUGUCUUCACUAUUAUUCUACAAUGUAGAAAAUAGUACAAAUAAAGAAAAACCCUUGAAUGAGUAGGUGUGUCCAAUCUUUUGACUGGUAGUGUAUAUACAACCCCCUAUCCCUUUCUCUCUCUCUCUCUCUCUCUCUCUCUCUCUCUCUCUCUCUCUCUCUCUCUCUCUCUCUCUCUCUCCCUAUAUCUAUCCCUCCUUCACUCUCUCCCUCCUUCUCUUGAUCUCUCUGUCAUCCCUCUCUCUCUCUCCCCCACUCUAUCCCUCUAUCCGUCUCUCCCUCCAUCCCUCUCUCUACAGCUCCAGGUCCAGUGUUGUCCAUGUCUCUACCUAGGCUGCUGUGUAGUUUACUGGUGGUGUCUCCCUACCUGCUGGUGACCAUUGUACUGGUGGUGAGAUGCUGCCGGGCUAGAGGUAAGAACUCCUUAGUCACUACACAGCAAUAUAGAACCCCUUAGCCACUGCACAGCAAUAUAUAGGUAAGAACCCCUUUGCCACUACACAGCCAUAUAGAAUCCCUUAGCCACUACACAGCAAUAUAGUUAAGUGAUAAUGCCAGAGAAGCCGGUGUUUGGAGGAUAUAUUGGCACGGGAGUUGUGCGGCCCAAGACAAAGUCUCAGGCCAGCAAACUGCCAAUAUAUCCUCCAAACACCGGCUUCGAGGGCAUUAUCACUUUUAUACAACGGGUUACCAACAUUCAAAUAAUGAUUGACAUAUUUUUCAUUAAAAACGUUAUUUUGAUGAAUUUAUUCAUACUAUUUCAUCCUUCCACAAGAUAUAGUCCCGACACAAAUCUAGGGUUGCUAUCCAAGCCGGCUGGUCGUUCGUUAUAUCGGUUCGGUUGCAAGAGACCACCAGUCGUUCAGUUGUUUUGUUCUGUAUCUAUGGACGUGACCCAGUCGUUCGUUCUAAAUGUUCCAUUGCCAAUACUGGGAGACAACGUUGUUAUCCAUUGCUUGCUAGCUAGCCAACUACGGCUAACUUACAGUUACGUCAAAAAGUGCAGCCAGAAUAACAGAAAAGUAGCCGCAUUUGCAUUUGUUUAAGCUGUUUUCUAGUGACAUUUAUUUGGAUACAUCCAUAAGAGCUAAUGACGCGCCUGGCACAGAAAAUGUGCUCACUCGUCAGGACCUUGUUGUUCAGAGGAGCUAGCCAACAACACAGCUAACACAAACAUUUCCAACUGAAGCUGGAAAGACUGCAAGCUAGCUGCACUUCGUUUCGUUUUACCUUUUUUCAAUUUACAUUUCUUUGUAUACAGUGCAUUCGGAAAGUAUUCAGACCCCUUCACUUUUUUCCCCUCAACAAUCUACACACAAUACCCCAUAAUGACAAGGCGAAAACAGGUUUGUAGAAAUUUUGAUAAAUGUAUAAAAAAUAUUCAGACCCUUAGCUAUGACACUCGAAAUUGAGCUCAGGUGGAUCCUGUUUCCAUUGAUAAUCCUUGAUGUUUCUACAACUUGAUUGGAGAUUAUUUGGAAAGUCACACACCUGUCUAUAUAAGGUCCCACAGUUGACCGUGAAUGUCAGAGCAAAAACCAAGCCAUGAGGUCGAUGGAAUUGUCCGUAGAGCUCCGAGACAGGAUUGUGUCUAGGCACAGAUCUGGGGAAGGGUACCAAACAAUGUCUGCAGCAUUGAAGACCCCCAAUAACACAGUGGCCUUCAUCAUUCUUAAAUGGAAGAAGUUUGGAACCACCAAUACUCUUCCUAGAUCUGGCCGCCCGGCCAAACUGAGCAAUCGGGGGAGAAGGGCCUUGGACAGGGAGGUGACCAAGAACCCGAUGGUCACUCUGACAGUGCUCCAGAGUUCCUCCUUCCAGAAGGACAACCAUCUCUGCAGCACUCUACCAAUCAGGCCUUUAUGGUAAAGUGGCCAGACGGAAGCCACUCUUCCGUAAAAGGCACAUGACAGCAUGCUUGGAGUUUGCCAAAAGGAACCUAAAGGACUCUCAGAUCAUGAGAAACAAGAUUUUCUGGUCUGAUGAAACCAAGAUUGAACACUUUAGCCUGAAUGCCAGGCAUCACGUCUGGAAAAAACCUGGCAUCAUGCUGUGGGGAUGUUUUUCAGUGGCAGGGACUGGGAGACUAGUCAGGAUCGAGGGAAAGAUGAACAGAGCAAAGUACAGAGAGAUCCUUGAUGAAAACCUGCUCCAGAGUGCUCAGUACCUCAGACUGGGGUGAAGGUUCACAUUCCAACAGGACAACGACCCUAAGCACACAGCCAAGACAAUGCAGGAGUGGCUUCGGGACAAGUCUCUGAAUGUCCUUGAGUGGCCCAGCUAGAGCCCGGACUUGAACCCGAUCGAACAUCUCUGGAGAGAUCUGAAAAUAGCUGUGCAGCAACGCUCCCCAUCCAACCUGACAGAGCUUGAGAGGAUCUGCAGUGAAGAAUGGGAGAAACUCCCCAAAUACAUUUGUGCCAAGCUUGUAGCGUCAUACCCCAUUAUGGGGUAUUGUGUGUGUAUAUUGAUGAGUAAAACAACAACAAUUUAAUCCAUUUUCGAAUAAGGCUGUAAUGUAACAAAAUGUGGAAAAUGUCACGGGGUCUGAAUACUUUCUGAAUGCGCUGUAUAUCCAUAAAAAUGAUGCCAGCUGAUUCAUGAUUUCGACUGGCUGAGAAAUGCUGCCUGCCUGUCUGUCUCGUCCCGACAUGUUCAUUACUAUGGGACAGCUGGAGAUCGAAUUUGAAUAUUGAAAUAAUGUUGCAAAUGUCAGAGAGAUCGACAGCAAGGUUUAUACAAAUCUCCGCUGUUGAAAACUAAAUGUUAGUCUAAAAGAAAUGUGAGAAUGUCUAGAUGCUUUUUAUAGUGGAGAUCAAGUUUAUAAAGUGCCUGGCUGGGCUGAUGAGACAGUGGAUUGCGCAGUCAGAUGGAACAGAGUAAAUAGGCAUUUUAAUGUUAUAGAUUUAGCCGGUGGUAUUUUAUGGAAUAGACACUGGCUGGAAUGCAGUUUUAACCAAUUAGCAUUCAGGAUUAGACCCACCUGUUGUAUAAAACCCCUUAAUCACUACACAACAAUAUACACUGCUCAAAAAAAUAAAGGGAACACUAAAAUAACACAUCCUAGAUCUGAAUGAAUGAAAUAAUCUUAUGAAAUACUUUUUUCUUUACAUAGUUGAAUGUGCUGACAACAAAAUCACACAAAAAUGAUCAAUGGAAAUCAAAUCUAUCAACCCAUGGAGGUCUGGAUUUGGAGUCACCCUCAAAAUUAAAGUGGAAAACCACACUACAGGCUGAUCCAACUUUGAUGUAAUGUCCUUAAAACAAAGUGAGGCUCAGUAGUGUGUGUGGCCUCCACGUGCCUGUAUGACCUCCCUACAACGCCUGGGCAUGCUCCUGAUGAGGUGGCGGAUGGUCUCCUGAGGGAUCUCCUCCCAGACCUGGACUAAAGCAUCCGCCAACUCCUGGACAGUCUGUGGUGCAACGUGGCGUUGGUGGAUGGAGCGAGACAUGAUGUCCCAGAUGUGCUCAAUUGGAUUCAGGUCUGGGGAACGGGCGGGCCAGUCCAUAGCAUCAAUGCCUUCCUCUUGCAGGAACUGCUGACACAUUCCAGCCACAUGAGGUCUAGCAUUGUCUUGCAUUAGGAGGAACCCAGGGCCAACCGCACCAGCAUAUGGUCUCACAAGGGGUCUGAGGAUCUCAUCUCAGUACCUAAUGGCAGUCAGGCUACCUCUGGCGAGCACAUGGAGGGCUGUGCGGCCCCUCAAAGAAAUACCACCCCACACCAUGACUGACCCACCGCCAAACCGGUCAUGCUGGAGGAUGUUGCAGGCAGCAGAACGUUCUCCACGGCGUCUCCAGACUCUGUCACGUCUGUCACAUGUGCUCAGUGUGAACCUGCUUUCAUCUGUGAAGAGCACAGGGCGCCAGUGGCGAAUUUGCCAAUCUUGGUGUUCUCUGGCAAAUGCCAAACGUCCUGCACGGUGUUGGGCUGUAAGCACAACCCCCACCUGUGGACGUCGGGCCCUCAUACCACCCUCAUGGAGUCUGUUUCUGACCGUUUGAACAGACACAUGCACAUUUGUGGCCUGCUGGAGGUCAUUUUGCAGGGCUCUGGCAGUGCUCCUCCUGCUCCUCCUUGCACAUAAGGUGGAGGUAGCAGUCCUGCUGCUGGGUUGUUGCCCUCCUACGGCCUCCUCCACGUCUCCUGAUGUACCUCCAUGCUCUGGACACUACGCUGACAGACACAGCAAACCUUUUUCCACAGGUCGCAUUGAUGUACCAUCCUGGAUGAGCUGCACUACCUGAGCCACUUGUGUGGGUUGUAGACUCCGUCUCAUGCUACCACUAGAGUGAAAGCACCGCCAGCAUUCAAAAGUGACCAAAACAUCAGCCAGGAAGCAUGGGAACUGAGAAGUGGUCUGUGGUCACCACCUGCAAAACCAGUCCUUUAUUGGGUGUGUCUUGCUAAUUGCCUAUAAUUUCCACCUGUUGUCUAUUCCAUUUGCACAACAGCAUGUGAAAUGUAUUGUCAAUCAGUGUUGCUUCCUACGUGGACAGUUUGAUUUCACAGAAGUGUGAUUGACUUGGAGUUACAUUGUGUUGUUUAAGUGUUCCCUUUAUUUUUUUGAGCAGUGUAUAUGUUUUUAAAUAACAUUCUUAGAAAUGUUUUACUUUUUUAAUUUUUAAUUUCACCUUUAUUUAACCAGGUAAGCCAGUUGAGAACAAGUUCUCAUUUACAACUUCGACCUGGCCAAGAUAAAGCAAAGCAGUGCGAUAAAAACAACAACACAGAGUUACAUAUGGGGUAAACAAAACAUAGUCAAAAAUACAACAGAAAAGAUAUAUACAGUGUGUGCGAAUGUAGUAAGUUAUGGAGGUAAGGCAAUAAAUAGGCCAUAGUGCAAAAUUGUUACAAUUUCGUAUUAACACUGGAAUGAUAGAUGUGCAAAAGAUGAUGUGCAAAUAGAGAUACGGGGGUGCAAAAUUAGCAAAAAAAAUAACAAUAUGGGGAUGAGGUAGUUGGGUGGGCUAAUUUCAGAAUGGCUGUGUACAGGUGCAGUGAUCGGUAAGCUGCUCUGACAAUUGAAGCUUAAAGUUAGUGAGGGAGAUAAGAGUCUCCAGCUUCAGAGAUUUUUGCAGUUCGUUCCAGUCAUUGGUAUCAGAGAACUGGAAGGAAUGGCGGCCAAAGGAGGUGUUGGCUUUGUGGAUGACCAGUGAGAUAUACCUGCUGGAGCGCAGACUACGGGUGGGUGUUGCUAUGGUGACCAGUGAGCUAAGAUAAGACAGGGAUUUGCCUAGCAGUGAUUUAUAGAUGACCUGGAGCCAGUGGGUUUGGCGACGAAUAUGUAGUGAGGGCCAGCCAACAAGAGCGUACAGGUCACAAUGGUGGGUAGUAUAUGGGGCUUUGGUGAAAAAACGGAUGGCACUGUGAUAGACUACAUCCAAUUUUCUGAGUAGAGUGUUGGAGGCUAUUUUGUAAAUGACAUCGCCGAAGUCAAGGAUCGGUAGGAUAGUCAGUUUUAUGAGGGCAUGUUUGGCAGCAUGAGUGAAGGAGGCUUUGUUGCGAAAUAGGAAGCCGAUUCUAGAUCUAACUUUUGAUUGGAGAUGCUUGAUGUGAGUCUGGAAGGAGAGUUUACAGUCUAACCAGACACCUACGUAUUUGUAGUUGUCCACAUACUCUAGGUCAGACCCACCGAGAGUAGUGAUUCUAGUCGGGUGGGCGGGUACAAGCAGCGUUCGGUUGAAGAGCAUGCAUUUAGUUUUACUAGAGUUUAAGAGCAGUUGGAGGCUACGGAAGGAGUGUUGUAUGGCAUUGAAGCUCGUUUGGAGGUUUGUUAACACAGUGUCCAAUGAAGGGCCAGAUGUAUACAAAAUGGUGUCGUCCGCAUAGAGGUGGAUCCGAGCGUCACCAGCAGCAAGAGCGACAUCAUUGAUAUACACAGAGAAUAGAGUCAGCCCGAGAAUUGAACCCUGUGGCACCCCCAUAGAGACGGCCAGAGGUCCAGACAACAGGCCCUCCGAUUUGACACAUUGAACUCUAUCUGAGAAGUAGUUGGUGAACCAGGCGAGGCAGUCAUUAGAGAAACCAAGGCUAUUUAGUCUGCCGAUAAGAAUACGGUGGUUGACAGAGUCGAAAGCCUUGGCCAGGUCGAUGAAGACGGCUGCAUUGUACUGUCUUUUUUAUCGAUCGCGGUUAUAAUAUCGUUUAGGACCUUGAGCGUGGCUGAGGUGCACCCAUGACCAGCUCGGAAACCGGAUUGCAUAGCGAAGAAGGUACGGCGGGAUUCUAAAUGGUCGGUGAUCUGUUUGUUAACUUGGCUUUCAAAUACUUUCGAAAGGCAGGGCAGGAUGGAUAUAGGUCUGUAACAGUUUGGAUCUAGAGUGUCAUCCCCUUUGAAGAGGGGGAUGACCGCAGCAGCUUCCCAAUCUCUGGGGAUCUCAGACGUUACGAAAGAGAGGUUGAACAGGCUAGUAAUAGGGGUGGGGGGGGGCCGGGGAAUGGGCAAGUUGCAGCGGAGGGUGCAGAGUUGGUGGCCAGGGUAGUGGUAGCCAGGUGGAAAGCAUGGCCAGCCGUAGCAAAAUGCUUGUUGAAAUUCUCUAUUAUUGUAGAUUUAUCGGUGGUGACAGUGUUUCCUAGCCUCAGUGCAGUGGGCAGUUGGGAGGAGCUGCUCUUAUUUUCCAUGGGCUUUACAGUGUCCCAAAACUUUUUAGAGUUAGUGCUACAGGAUGCACAUUUCUGUUUGAAAAAGCUAGCCUUUGCUUUCCUAACUGAUUGUGUAUAUUGGUUCCUGACUUCCCUAAAAAGUUGCAUAUUGCGGGGGCUGUUCGAUGCUAAUGCAGUACGUUUAGUACUGAACAUUACUAAAGCUUUCUUGUGUUUUUUUAUGGAAAGUUUUCUUAACAUUCUCUGAUUAAUUUGAGAACAUGACUUUAAAUAAAACCAUGAGGAAACCUGUAGGAAAUGUUUUGCUGAAGUACUGAAAUUCCCACAGAAUAACGUUGUUUCUUAACAUUCCCAAUGUCAAACCAGUUGGAGAAUGUGCCCUAGAACAUUACCCAAAUUGAAAUGAAAUCUAACCAUGUUUGAACUUUUCGAAAACGUUCUGAUAAAGUAAUGAAAUACCAAGAAAAUAACACUUUUGUUGUUAAGUUCCUUAAAUAUGCUGAGAAUGUUGCAAAGCCAAACCACUGGGAACAGAUGUCAUUUUGACUUCUAGUUUUGAUUAAGAUUUGGUUGAGUUAACUAACAUCCAUUCAACAUGAAAUCAACAAAAAAAUGUCACCAUGCCAUUGGAUUUAUGUUAAAAGUUGGGUGAAAAAAUAACGAUUCUCUAAUGUUGAUGACUUUUUGCAAAUUCAAUCAGUUUUCUGUUGAAAUGACGUGGAAACAAAGUUGAUUCAACAAGUUUUUGCACAGUGGGAAGUAACUAUCCUGAACCAUUCCCAGAAAGUUGUGGGAAGGUUAUAUGCAAAAUAACCAUAGGACAACCACGCUCUCACCAAGUUCUAAAAAAACGUAUGGUUCUCUGAACGUUAUGUGCUAGUGUAACAGAAGAAAGAACGUGCUGUAUGCUCACUCCACAGCUAGAUUGAAAUGUUGCGUGCAAUUUAUGUCAGUCACUGACAGUCACUCAUUUAGCCAUGUCAGCUAACAAUGUUUAGAUUGGUAGUUAAUCUAGCCAGCUAUCUGAACUUGUAGUAAUCACGGCCGAAUACCGACUGGGCAUGCAGGGCACGUGCCCAGGGCCCCGACCUCAGGAGGGCCCCCCAUUGAUUCUCAUUCAGAUAUCAUAUUAACAUGACAUAGUUUAAGCUGCAAGGUGGGCUAUCUAGUUCCCGCCAAUCAUUUCUUUGGAUUGGUUGAUACAUCUCAUUAUUGUAAUCUUAUUUGAAAAUUCGAUGAGAGUUGACGUCAACCGCCUGUAUUCAAUGGAGAGAGACGCUAUGCUACUACUCAUGAAUAUGCAUAGCCAUCUUGAGACAACUCCGAUAUAAAGUGUUUUUUCUCAAAGUUGCCGUGAUGUCACGUGUCGUACAUAUAUCAGUACACGCGUAACAACUUAAGCAUCACAAACUUCUAUUCAAUCAAAUAAACCUCACAUAGCUAAUUGGACACUCUCAUUGACCUCCACACAAAAACGUAUUACUUGGUGGGCGAAACAACGAAAAAACGCCACCUGCUGGAGGGAGACAGAUUCUCCGCCGAGUUGGGCCUCUCUCUUCCUCUCUCGCUCGAACCAGGCUCGAACCAACGAUGUGGGUUUAUAUACGUCAAUAGCUCGAACGCGCCCACAGGAAUCCCAUAAUGCAACGUGCAGAAAAUAAUAAUAAACAAUAAUUCAUUGAUGGCAGCUGACAAUGACGUGAGUACAGUACUUGUGUACAGUCAAUAAAGUAAACAUUGCAUUAACAAUGUUUGGAAAAAUAUAGGAUGUUAACGUUAGAUGUUCCUUUCGGUUGCAGCCCGAGUCAGAGGUAUUCGAGAUCACGGACUUCACCACCGCGUCGGAGUGGGAGAGGUAGCUAGGUGAAGUUCUCUGGCUAGCUACUGUAACUAACUAACUAGCUAGCUAAGUUAGCUAACAACAGUUGUGAAUCAUCAUCAGGCUCAGACUAGAUAUAAGAAUUGGAUUAGAAGCUAUUCGUGAGUGGCCAAAUAUAGUUCGGAUGCUGAGUAUAUGGCAGACAACUUGCUUGUCUCCUCUUGUUCUGUCAAUCACAUUGUUUAAUCGGCUAGCUAUGCUGGUUUGGAUUGUAUUUUGUUUGUAGCUUACCCAUAGUGUAGUUAGCUGUCCUGUCACAUCAGGAUUGCGAAAGAUAGUAACCGUCCUUACCAAUGUUGACAGCUGACAGCCCUAGAUAUCUCUUCCUUAUCAACAGUAUUACCUGUAAGGACCACGUAAUAGAUUGUAUCGUGUGCACGCAUGUUUGUGUGAACACUAUUCUCUGACUUCUGCAGGAACUGUAUUACAGGAACAUGAUGUUAUGAUCCCCCUGUCUGUCGUUUGCUAGGUUUAUGUCCAGAGUAGAAGAGGUGCUGAAUGACUGGAAGCUAAUUGGGAACAAUGCAAGCAAACCACCAGAGAAGGUAACAACAAACCCUCACUCAAUAAGACCUUACUGUUAUGUCACAAGCACCACACAUUAAUAAGCAGCCAUCCGGUAAGCUUGUUGAAUUAAUUAAUGGAUUUCCUGAUUGCCCACUAGAUCCAGAGUGAAUAUACCAGUGGUACCUGGGAGGAGAAGACCCAGGAAAUCAACUUUGCUGUUUUUAAAUUCUCCGUAACCCACCACUACCUGAAGCAAGUGUCUGAGGAGAGCGAGGGGAAGGAGGAACCGGAGGAGGGUACAGUGCUGCUGCAGAGUUUAUUUACAGUCCCUGUUAUCUUAUCUGUCUCAUAGGAACAGUCACUACGUGAUGAGACUAUAUUGAUGACCUCUACAGUUUUAUCUGGAACACUGCUCUGCUCUUUAGCAACAGAGAGAAUCUUAGUGGAUAUGAGAUAUUAGAGAAUAUAGGUGAAGUCUCCACCCUGCUCUCUCCCCAUAUGCCUUCCCCAUGGCCAUGCAGGACUUGCUCUGUAUGAACAAUGACUUCCCUCCCAGAGCCCACUGCCUCAUCAGAUGGUGAGUACAGUACUCCAGGUCUCCUCUCCCUAACCUCUAACCUUUACCUCAAAUCUUUAUGUUAAGAUGGUGAAUUAAAAUGUCUCAAGACAGACAUUCACAACUGCUAUUGAUAUUUGUUGACACCAAAUCUGUCUGAUGUCUGAUAUUUUUUAGAAUAUACACUACCAGUCAGCAGUUUGGACACACCUACUCAUUCAAGAGUUUUUCUUUAUUUUUACUAUUUUUUACAUUGUAGAAUAAUAGUGAAUACAUCAAAACUAUGAAAUAACACAUAUGGAAUCAAGUAGUAACCAAAGAAGUGUUAAACAAAUCCAAAUAUAUUUUAUAUUUGAGAUUCUUCAAAUAGCCACCCCCUUUGCGUUGAUGACAACUUUGCACACGCUUGGCAUUCUCUCAACCAGCUUCAUGAGGUAUUCACCUGGAAUGCAUUUCAAUUAACAGGUGUGCCUUCUAAAAAGUUAAUUUGUGGAAUUUCUUUCCUCCUUAAUGUGUUUGAGCCAAUCAGUUGUGUUGCGACAAAGAAACCACUACUAAAGGACACAAAUAAGAAGAAGAGACCUGCUUGGGUCAAGAAACACGAGCAAUGGACAUUAGACCGGUGGAAAUUUGUCCUUUGGUCUGGAGUCCAAAUUUGAGAUUUUUGGUUCCAACCGGCGUGUCUUUGUGAGACGUGGUGUGGGUGAACGGAUGGUCUCUGAUAGUGGGACUAUAAUUUGUUUUUCAACAGGACAAUGACCCAACACACCUCCAGGCUGUGUAAGGGCUAUUUUACCAAGAAGGAGAGUGAUGGAGUGCUGCAUCAGAUGACCUGGUCUCCACAAUCCCCCGACCUCAACCCAAUUGUGAUGGUUUGGGAUGAUUCGGACGGCAGAGUGAAGGAAAAGCAGCCAACAAGUGCUCAGCAUAUGUGGGAACUCCUUCAAGACUGUUGGAAAAGCAUUCCAGGUGAAGCUGGUUGAGAGAAUGCCAAGCGUGUGCAAAGUUGUCAUCAAUGCAAAGGGUGACUUUUUGAAGAAUCUCAAAUAUAAAAUAUAUUUUGAUUUGUUUAACACUUUUUUGGUUACUACAUGAUUCCUUAUGUGUUAUUUAAUAGUUUUGAUGUCUUCACUAUUAUCCUACAAUGUAGAAAAUAGUAAAAAUAAAGAAAAACCCUUGAAUGAGUAGGUGUGUCCAAACUUUUGACUGGUACUGUAUAUUAUGGAGGUUCUAGUUUGACCUGACUUGAUGGAUGGUAUAGUAGCUGUCUGCUCUCAUUUAAAGCAGCAAUAUGUCAUUUUUGGGGCGACCUGACCAAAUUCACAUAGAAAUGUGAGUUAUAUACGUGUCAUUCUCAUUGAAAGCAAGUCUAGGAAGCGUUAGAUCUGUUCUACAGUGAGCUCCAAAAGUAUUGGGACAGUGAUAUUAUAUGUUGUUGUUUUGGGUCUGUACUCCAACACUUUGGGUUUGAAAUGAUACAAUGACUAUGAGGUUAAAGUGCAGACUGUCAGCUUUAAUUUGAGGUAUUUCCAUCCAUUUCGGGUGAACCGUUUAUAAAUGACAGAACCUUUUGUACAGGGGACCAAAAGUAUUCUGACAAAUUCACUUAUGUGUAUUUGGUCCUAUAUUCAUAGCACGAAAUGACUCCAUCAGGCUUGUGACUCUACACAUUUGUUGGAUGCAUUUGCUGUUUGUUCUAGAUGUGUUUCAGAUUAUUUUGUGUCUAAUAAAAAUGAAUGGUAAAUAAUGUAUUGUGUCAUUUUGGAGUCACUUUUAUUGUAAAUAAGAAUAUAAUAUUUUUCUAAACAUUUCUACAGUACAUUAAUGUGGAUGCUAACAUGAUUACGGAUAAUCCUGAAUGAAUCGUGAAUUACGAUGAGUGAGAAAGUUACAAACGCACAAAUAUCAGAGAUGCUAACCUCUCACAAUUACAAUAACGGGAGGUUAGCAUUUUUUGGGGGGUAUGAUAUUUGUGAGUCUGUAACUUUCUCACUCAUCAUUAUUUACGAUUCAUUCAGGAUUAUCCGUAAUCAUGGUAGCAUCCACGUUAAUGUUGAAGUGUUUAGAAACAUAUUCUAUUCUAAUUUGCAGGAAAAGUGACUCCAAAAUUACACAAUAUAUUAUUUACCAUUCAUUUCUAUUGGUCACAAAAUAAUCUAAAACAGAACCAAAACAAACAGCAAAUGCAUCCAACAAAAACAGGGGGACUAUGUAUAAUAUGCUGUAAUUUCUAAACGGUUCACCCGAAAUGGAUGAAAAUACCCUCAAAUUAAAGCUGACAGUCUGCACUUUAACAUCAUAGUCAUUGUAUCGUUUCAAAUCCAAUGUGCUGGAGUACAGAGCCAAAACAAACAAAACGUGUCACUGUCUCAAUACUUUUGGAGGUCACUGUAUGUGUGCUAUUUCUAUGCUUCCCAAUCUUCAGUUUAGUUUUUGCAUCUUUUACAUUCAUUUUGGACACCAGCUUCAAACAGCUGAAAAUACAAUAUUUUUGGUAAUGGAAAAUAUAUUUCACAACGGUUUAGAUGGUACAAUGAUUCUCUACACAAUGACUGCUUGUUUUGUCACAUAAACUGAAAUUAGGCAAACUAUUCAAAUUUUAGCAACUAAGAAAUAGCAGAGAGAUUUCUGCAUAUUGCACCUUUUAAGUAUCCCGUCUGUGUUUGCAGGUAUGGCAUGUGUGAGUUUGUGGUCAUCUCCCCUGGGACCAGCUGUGAGGCGGUCAUCAGUGAGUCCAAGUGCAACCUGCUCCUCAGCUCCGUUUCCAUCUCUAUGGCCAACACAGGCUGGCAGGUGACAAUAGCUCCAUCUCUCUGGCCAACACAGGCUGGCAGGUGACAGUAGCUCCAUCUCUAUGGCCAACACAGGCUGGCAGGUGACAGUAGCUCCAUCUCUCUGGCCAACACAGGCUGGCAGGUGACAGUAGCUCCAUCUCUCUGGCCAACACAGGCUGGCAGGUGACAGUAGCUCCAUCUCUAUGGCCAACACAGGCUGGCAGGUGACAGUAGCUCCAUCUCUCUGGCCAACACAGGCUGGUAGGUGACAGUAGCUCCAUCUCUCUGGCCAACACAGGCUGGCAGGUGACAGUAGCUCCAUCUCUCUGGCCAACGCAGGUGACAGUAGCUCCAUCUCUCUGGCCAACACAGGCUGGCAGGUGACAGUAGCUCCAUCUCUCUGGCCAACACAGGCUGGUAGGUGACAGUAGCUCAGAGUAGAGGUAUUCACAGAUCCACCUGUACCCGAUCCGGGACCAGAGCGGGUCUGGAUCUAGAAUUCUAAAUAAUGUCACGGGUCUGGGUCGGAUCUGAUCUGACAUGAUUGUCACGGGUCUCGGGUAUGUGUAAUUUUAACUGUACAGAUCCGAACAGGACUGCUGCAGUAGAGAGAGGGGGAGAGAGAUUGGAUCAUUUAUGCUGCUGCGCUUUCUUUUCAUGAGAGUGUAGCUUGUUGUUGUUGUUGUUGGCCAAUCAUAGGUCAUCAAAGCGGCAAUAGGCUACAUUCAUAGAGCCUCGCUCCUUGUGUGGCAAAAGUUAGGAGAUAUCUAAUCAAUGGAAGAUGGAAUUAAAAUGAUGGAGUUAAAGGAGAAGGAUAGGCUACAAUGACCACGAGCCAACAGGUAGGCUGCUACUUAAUGUUCUGAAUGGAGUUGUUGUUGUUUGUACCUGUGUAGGACGAGAAAGCGCAUGCAGCCUCAAUUAGCCUAGCUAUCUAGCUAGCUUAACUAGCUUCUCCCGUUUGAUGCAGUCAAGACAGGUACUACGUAAUCAUAUUGGAUGAUAAAUAACCUAGCUAUGGUCGUUGUUAGUCUACUAUAGCGCGAGUCUGCGUGGUUGGUUGAUGUCCUUCCUCCCUGUUCCCAGCGUCACUCACUCACAGUAGCCUACACACACAGUACGCACGGCCCCUGCUAGAGCGGCACCUCUCUCUACGUCCUCUCCCUCGUGUUUUAUGAGCUCCGGUUAGUAAAGUAGCUUAAAAAUAGCCUUUUCUGCUGCUUCCAUCACUCGGAUCGGACCGGGUCUGGAUCCAACCAGGUCUAUAGGGAACGAGUCUAGUUGUCCUCGGGUCCGUUCAGAACGGGUCUCUAUAUUUAAAAAAUAAAUGUAUGCAUAUUGGGUCCGGGUGGAAAAGCCCCAGGUCCAUUUCGUGAAGGGCCGCUUGCCCAGAGCAACAUCUUUCUGGCCAACACAGGCUGGUAGGUGACCGUAGCUCAGAGCAACAGUGAAUACUAUAUUCAGCAAAUAUUAUAUUCCUGUCUCUUUGGGAACAGUAACUGUUAUGGUUAUAAGUCACAGUUAUACAACAACUGUUUAUGUUCUUUUGUAAAAUCAAGUUAAUGUUGGUUACAGAAUUUGCUUUGACAACUAAAAGGAGCUGAUACUGCCAAUGUGUCCUAUUCCUAAUCAUGAAUCUACGCUAAGGGAAAACAACGUCAGUUCUUACACAUUCACACAGCUAGUGGCAACAUGCCCAUUGUGUGUAUUUCUGUAUAAUAUCACAAGCCAUGUUUUAAAAUAGCAACACUGUGGGAAGUGAGUACAGCCCUCUGUGACAUCCUAUAGGUCAGCUGGUAUCCAUGGCAAUGCUGGACUGAAUGGAAGAUGGUAGCAGUGUGACUCUGUAGUAGCAGCAAGGCCAUCUGGUCUCCCACUGUCUCUGGGUGUUUACUGUGUGGCAGAGAGACAUUAAUAACACAUUUAUUAGAUUAGGACGAACAGGAGGAAGCAUGUAGCAGAACAUCAGAACAUAGCUUCAAGUUCAUUUAUUGCAUGAGCACGUGUUCUGUCACUAAUGCAUGUAUCAUUUAUUGCAAAUAAUGUUAUGUUGUGACUUCAAAUUAGAAAAAUUAUGACAUUGUUGAAUAGAAUAAUAUUCAAGGUCAGUAUGGGGGGGGGAAAGUAUGAAAAUGUAUGCACUCAGUACUGAAAGUCGCUCUGGAUAAGAGUGUCUGCUAAAUGACUAACAUGUAAAUGUAAAAAAUUAACAAGGCUUGUAUUAAAUUAUCUAAUUGAUCAAUCCACUAGGUGGCGUAUGUUUUGUCUGUAGUUCCUCUACUGUGCACCAGGAGCUGCUGUGUAGCCGUGGUAGAACAGGGAUGUGGAGGGAGUUACAGGGUCUGUGUAGCCGUGGUAGAACAGGGUUGUGGAGGGAGUUACAGGGUCUGUGUAGCCGUGGUAGAACAGGGAUGUGGAGGGAGUUACAGGGUCUGUGUAGCCGUGAUAGAACAGGGUUGUGGAGGGAGUUACAGGGUCUGUGUAGCCGUGGUAGAACAGGGAUGUGGAGGGAGUUACAGGGUCUGUGUAGCCGUGGUAGAACAGGGUUGUGGAGGGAGUUACAGGGUCUGUGUAGCCGUGGUAGAACAGGGAUGUGGAGGGAGUUACAGGGUCUGUGUAGCCGUGGUAGAACAGGGAUGUGGAGGGAGUUACAGGGUCUGUGUAGCCGUGGUAGAACAGGGAUGUGGAGGGAGUUACAGGGUCUGUGUAGCCGUGGUAGAACAGGGUUGUGGAGGGAGUUACAGGGUCUGUGUAGCCGUGGUAGAACAGGGAUGUGGAGGGAGUUACAGGGUCUGUGUAGCCGUGGUAGAACAGGGUUGUGGAGGGAGUUACAGGGUCUGUGUAGCCGUGGUAGAACAGGGAUGUGGAGGGAGUUACAGGGUCUGUGUAGCCGUGGUAGAACAGGGUUGUGGAGGGAGUUACAGGGUCUGUGUAGCCGUGGUAGAACAGGGUUGUGGAGGGAGUUACAGGGUCUCAGUGUGGCUGCCCUUCCACACUGAGACCAGAGAUGCCUGGCAUGUCUCUAAAGUUAAAGGGAUCACUUCAAAAUCAAACAUCAUCUGUUGUGCAGCUCCAAAUGUAUACCUCAAUCCCAAACCAAUGGAAAGAUUAGUCAAAUCUGAAAUGAUUAAACUUUGCUUAUCUUUCUAUAGCUGGAUCUUCACAGCUGAUGGCAUGUGACAUUAACUCAUCUUGACACAAGAACAGAGAGUAGUUACAGUAGCCCAGGAUUUAAACGUGUGGCUGCUCUCCCACAAAACAUAAAAACAAGAUUUUGGAGUGACCUACCCUUUUUUAAAGUCCUCUACCUCCCCUGUCCCUGUGGAUGCUGUACAGCCAGGUGCCAAUGUUUGUCCAGAUCCAGCAGAAGUGGUGGAGGAUGUACCAUGGGGAGUGCCAGGGACCAGGGGUGCUUACCGACUUUGAGAUGGUCCACCUCCGCAAGGUGCCCAGCCAGUACAACCACCUCUCAGGCCUGCUGGACAUCUUCAAGUCCAAGAUGGUGAGUAUGGAAGGACCUGGUCUUGUGACUAUAUGCCUUACCUUAACCUAUUAGCUCUUUCACAUGGGUCACCCCAAAAUAAUUGGUUUCCCUGAAUGAGAGUAAGUCUAGUGUUAGACUAAGAUUCACUUUCAAUGGUGAAUCUUCAUUAAGCAUGGUUCUUUGUCCAGGACUAGGCUGAACUUUUGUCUGGGCUCCCAGCCCCUACAAUUCAAUUCUGUGCUAGAUAUGAUGGAUAGUAUCAGCUAUUACAUAACCGUGUCUCUUUAUGUUUCUGUCUCUUUCCUCUCCUCCCUCUUUCUUGUCUCUUUCCUCUGUUGUUCUCCAGGGCUGUCCCCUGUCUCCUCUGCCUCCCAUCAACAUUGCUAUCCGCUUCACGUAUGUCCUGCAGGACUGGCAGCAGUACUCCUGGCCUCAGCAGCCCCCUGGUACACACAACAACAACAACACAACCACACAGCCCACUAAACAGGAAGGAAUGGGUUUAGUUAUUAGUGCCGCUGACUCUGGCACACUUAUACAGUGGGGAGAACAAGUAUUUGAUACACUGCCGAUUUUGCAGGUUUUCCUACUUACAAAGUAUGUAGAGGUCUGUAAUUUUUAUCAUAGGUACACUUCAACCGUGAGAGACGGAAUCUAAAACAAAAAUCCAGAAAAUUACAUUGUAUGAUUUUUAAGUAAUGCAUUUGCAUUUUAUUGCAUGACAUAAGUAUUUGAUACAUCAGAAAAGCAGAACUUAAUAUUUGGUACAGAAACCUUUGUUUGCAAUUACAGAGAUCAUACGUUUCCUGUAGGUCUUGACCAGGUUUGCACACACUGCAGCAGGGAUUUUGGCCCACUCCUCCAUACAGACCUUCUCCAGAUCCUUCAGGUUUCGGGGCUGUCGCUGGGCAAAACGGACUUUCAGCUCCCUCCAAAGAUUUUCUAUUGGGUUCAGGUCUGGAGACAGGCUAGGCCACUCCAGGACCUUGAGAUGCUUCUUACGGAGCCACUCCUUAGUUGCCCUGGCUGUGUGUUUCGGGUCGUUGUCAUGCUGGAAGACCCAGCCACGACCCAUCUUCAAUGCUCUUACUGAGGGAAGGAGGUUGUUGGCCAAGAUCUCGCGAUACAUGGCCCCAUCCAUCCUCCCCUCAAUACGGUGCAGUCGUCCUGUCCACCUUUGCAGAAAAGCAUCCCCAAAGAAUGAUGUUUCCACCUCCAUGCUUCACGGUUGGGAUGGUGUUCUUGGGGUUGUACUCAUCCUUCUUCUUCCUCCAAACACGGCAGGUGGAGUUUAGACCAAAAAGCUCUAUUUUUGUCUCAUCAGACCACAUGACCUUCUCCCAUUCCUCCUCUGGAUCAUCCAGAUGGUCAUUGGCAAACUUCAGAUGGGCCUGGACAUGCGCUGGCUUGAGCAGGGGGACCUUGCGUGCGCUGCAGGAUUUUAAUCCAUGACGGCGUAGUGUGUUACUAAUGGUUUUCUUUGAGACUGUGGUCCCAGCUCUCUUCAGGUCAUUGACCAGGUCCUGCCGUGUAGUUCUGGGCUGAUCCCUCACCUUCCUCAUGAUCAUUGAUGCCCCACGAGGUGAGAUCUUGCAUGGAGCCCCAGACCGAGGGUGAUUGACCGUCAUCUUGAACUUCUUCAAUUUUCUAAUAAUUGCGCCAACAGUUUUUGCCUUCUCACCAAGCUGCUUGCCUAUUGUCCUGUAGCCCAUCCCAGCCUUGUGCAGGUCUACAAUUUUAUCCCUGAUGUCCUUACACAGCUCUCUGGUCUUGGCCAUUGUGGAGAGGUUGGAGUCUGUUUUAUUGAGUGUGUGGACAGGUGUCAUUUAUACAGGUAACGAGUUCAGACAGGUGCAGUUAAUACAGGUAAUGAGUGGAGAACAGGAGGGCUUCUUAAAGAAAAACUAACAGGUCUGUGAGAGCCGGAAUUCUUACUGGUUGGUAGGUGAUCAAAUACUUAAGUCAUGCAAUAAAAUGCAAAUUAAUUACUUAAAAAUCAUACAAUGUGAUUUUCUGGAUUUUUGUUUUAGAUUCCGUCUCUCACAGUUGAAGUGUACCUAUGAUAAAUAUUACAGACCUCUACAUGCUUUGUAAGUAGGAAAACCUGCAAAAUCGGCAGUGUAUCAAAUACUUGUUCUCCCCACUGUAUACCAGAGUCGAUGUGGGUUUGAAUCCAGCCCACUGCCCUUCUAACUCGCCCAGUCGCACUCCUCCUACCUUACCUGUCUGCUCUUAUAAAACCUCAUCCUGUCUGUUCAGUAAAACCACAUCCUAUUUGUACAGUAAAACCACAUCCUGUCUGUUCAGUAAAACCACAUCCUGUCUGUUCAGUAAAAUCACAUCCUAACUGUUCAGAAAAAACAACAUCCUGUCUGUUCAGUAAAACCACAAAAUAUGAAACAGGAAGGAGCUAGGAAGGCAACAGAUGUCAAUUCAGAAAUCUAAACAGUGCUAGGCAUACAGUGGGGUCUGAAGUUAUUGACACUCUUGAUAAAGAUGAGAAAAAAUGACUGUAUACAAUAAAUCAUUCAAAUACAGAGCUAUAUUGUAUGCAAAACAAAAUGUGGAAAAUAUAUAAUUUUAUAUUAAUACAAUUGCACAGAGAAAUAUAUUUUGUUUAACAAGUAAUACUUUUUUUCUCUCAAAAAGGUAGGGGUCAAAAUGAUUGACACCCCUGUUUUCAAUACCUUUCAAUACUUCACCUUGCAAGGAUAACGGCAUUGAGCCUUUUUCUAAAAUGUUUUAUGAGUUGUUGAACACAUUGAGAGGGAUCUUAGACCAUUCCUCCUUACAUAAUCCUUCCAGAUCCUUGAUAUCCUUUGUCUGCGCUUAUGGACUGCCCUCUUCAAUUCAAGCCACAGGUUUUCAAUGGAUUUCAAGUCCAGAGACUGAAAUGGCCAUUGCAUGUUGAUUUUGUGGCCAAUUAACAAUUUCUUUGUGGAUUUUGAUGUGUGCUUGGGGUUAUUGUCUUUCUGGAAGAUCCACUUGCGGCCAAGUUUCAGGGUCCUGGCAGAGGCAACCAGGUUUUUGGCUAAAAUGUCCUGGUACUGGGUAAAGUUUGACUCCCGAGUGGCACAGGGGUCUAAGGCACUGCAUCGCAUUGCUAGCUGUGCCACUGGUUCGAGUCCAGGCUCUGUCGCAGCCGGCCGCGACCGGGAGACCCAUGGGCGGCGCACAAUUGGUCCAGCGUCGUCCAAGGUAGGGGAGGGUUUGGCCGGCAGGGAUGUGGGUUUGUUUACCACGGGGGGCCAGUAUAAAAAAAUAAAAAAAUAAAAUGUAUGCCUUCACUAACUGUAAGUCGCUCUGGAUAAGAGCGUCUGCUAAAUGACUAAAAUGUCAAAUGUAGUUCAGGAUGCUGUCGACCUUAACAAGGACCCCAGGAGCAGUGGAAGCAAAAUAGCAUACAAUAUAGCAAUACAAUAUAGCUCAGUAUUUGUUUUAUACAGUCAUCAUAAUCAAGGGUGUCAAUAAUUGCAGACCCCUCUAACCCUAACCCACAGGGUAUAUUGGAAGCUUUGCUUUCAACGCCUCCAUGCGCAUGACCAACUCUUUAGCAAACUGAUAUAAUCCACUCACUCUCUCUUUGCUCCAAAUUAAAUAGUGGAUGAUUCUUCCCACAGUUAUGUUAAGUGCUGCUCUCCGGGGUACAUUUUAGUGUUGCAAAUAGAUGCUUGAGUCUUUGAGUGGCGCAGGGAAGGCGGUAAAAGGUUGGAGGUCGGAGAGCUUUUUAAAUGGCUCACAAACGGACAACAUUUCUGCUCCUGUUGAAUGGGAGCUGAGAGGAAUGGUAGUGGGUGGAGGGUCAAUUUGAGGUUUUUAUAUUUGACACCAGAGUAUAUUUGGUCCUUUAGUUUUUAUUGUUAUGAAUUUGCCUGCCUUCAAGGCAUUGAGGAUGAAAUAGCAUAGGAAGUGUUUGCAGUUUUGGUUCUUCUUGCUACUUCUAAGUGAAAGUAUUGGGAGUUGAAUCAAAGUCAUGUUUAAACAGUAAAGGUGAAAGCGUGUUUUUUUCCCGUCACCUCCAGACUUUGACGCUCUCCUCGGAGGUGAGGUGGGAGGGGUGGAGUUCGGGAAGCUGCCGUUCGGAGCAUGUGAGGAUCCAAUCAGGUAGGACUGAUGUAGCCAUGACGAUAAGUCAACGCAUGCUUGAUUUAGUGAUUUACCUCAUCGUUCACGUGUAUUCUUUACGUCUUUGGCAUGAGCCUUUCAUUCAUUGUUGACCAAAUUGUGUAUCUCAUAUAGUGAAGUUUAUUACGCAAAACAAACAAAUCUGUAUUUUCUUUCAUUGUUGUCUCAGUGAGCUUCACCUAGUGACCACCUGGCCCCACCUGACAGAAGGUAUCGUGGUGGAUAACGAUGUGUACUCGUGAGUAUCAACCAGAAAACUCCCUCGCUCUCUGCCCUCUGGCCUGCUGGUUGACAGAACAUCUCAACAGCCUGAGAUAUGAUCUAUCAAGGACAUUGUUUGUCCUCUUACCAAAUGACAGGUAUUCGGACAGCAAAGAUAAAGGUGUCAUUUUCAGUAAAUAGAAUCAGUGAGCAUUGAGGUAGACGGGGAGAGAGAAAGAACAUCCAGGUCAGUAAAACAAGUUCUCCAUACGUUUGGAACACUGUGAAAGGUUGUUACCCAUAUUAAUUUCCUGUGUGCCAGACAGUGUAGGUGUUGAGAGGGUGGUUGUGGAGGAGGUGUGUGGGAGAGGAUAUAACAAGUAGCUCAGCCCCACCAACACCGCUCGCUCGUUGAACUGCAUUAAAGCUGAAAUUAAUUCAUGCUGAAUGAUUUUACGCUUUUCAGUUUAGUGAUGAAAUGGUGCUCAGUGAGCCAUCGCUUCAUAUUAACAGUGUGCUUGUGUUUUUCUUUAAGUCCCUACAUCCUAAAUGUGCAUGAGCUUCACUGUAUAAAGAUGUAGAGAUGGAUCCUAGGCUCUUUGAAGGGAAUCAAAGAUAUCUGCAUCUGGAUGCAGAAAAAUGUUGAUUAGCCCUGUCAAAGACAAGAUAGUCCUCUGUUUUUUGGGUUUAUUUUGAUGGUUGUAUUUAUUGUUGAAUCCCCUUAGGGUGUUCUAGGGUAGAAAUGUUAGACAUAAUAUUUUGGGGUUUUACAAAAGAUGUGACUUGCCUCGGGUCAACUGAAAUGGUACCCUCCCUGUCUGACUGACUGGGUAAUAGAGAUUAUAUGGCAACUGAUACUCAGUGGUUCUUAUUUCAAGGAUCCCAAAUAAACCAAAAAGUCAAUAGAUAAUUAUAAUGUAAUUACUUUCCACUAUAUAGUCUCUAUAUGAACACUUGGUCAAUAUCUGGUUGUAAAGUAAACCACAAUAACAAUGAAUCUUCUCUUCCAAUCAGAGCCGCAUGUUGAAUAGCCUUUAUUCUGGCCUAAUCUUGACUAUAAUGGUAAAGGUGAACCACUGAUCUGAUCCAGGGCCAGUUUACCUCCCUCCCCCGUGUGGUCUGACCAUAUGUGCUCUCUGUGUGACCUCACAGUGACCUGGACCCGCUCCAGGUCCCUCAUUGGUCAGUCCGAGUCAGGAGCACAGACAACCCCACGUGCUUGCUCGGUAAGGUAGACCCCCUCACAAAAAUACUGAUCCUAUAUUAUAGAAAUCCUAUAGAAUAUUAUGAAUGUCCAUGUAACGUGGUUUAAAAUGCUCCCUCAUCCACCAGAUGUAUGUGAAGGGAGUUCCAAAGACUUACUGUCUUAUGUCAAUUUCGAUGGACAAAAAAGCUUUUUGAAUUUGAACAAAACGUCAUGUUCUUGUUGUCGCUUGUUACCACAGCCACAAAAUUCAAAAUUGGCUAUAUCGUAAACAUUUAUGAAAACAAAAAUUUGCUUUUUGGUCUUAAUUUAAAGCUACAAUAUGUCCUUUUUUGGAGGACCUGACAAAAUUCACAUAGAAAUGUGAGUUAUAGAUUGGUAAUUAUCAUUGAAAGCAAGGCUGAGAAUCGGUAGAUCUGUUCUUUGUGCUCUGUUUCUAUGCUUGCUGUUUUUAUGUUGCGUUUUUGCAUGUUUUACUUUCGGUUUUGACACCAGCUUCAAACAGCUGAAAAUAGAAUAUAUUUAGUUAUGUAAAAUAUAUUUCACAGCGGUUUAGAUGGGACAAUGAUUAUCUACACUAUACAUUGCUUGUUUUGUCACAUAAACUGAAAUUAGGCGAACUAUUCGAAUUUUACCAACCAGGAAAUGGCGGAGCUAUAUCCGCAUAGUGCAUCUUUUAGGUUAGGGUUAGGCAUACACACAACUAAUCUUCUCCUUUCCCCCUUCUGAUAACCAGGUGGCGAAUCGCAUCUAUGCAUGUCUGGCAGACAUAUCAGUAUGGAUGACGGAUCACCACCUCAAGCUGAACCUUGGCAAGACGGAGCUGCUCUUCCUCCCGGGGAAGGACUGCCUGUUCCAUGAUCUCGCCAUCACAGUUGACAACUCCGUUGUGUCCUCCUCCCAGAGUGCGAAGAGCCUUGGCGUGACCCUGGACAACACCCUGUCGUUCUCCGCUAACAUCAAGGCGGUGACCCGAUCCUGUAGGUUCAUGCUCUACAACAUUCGGAGAGUACGACCCUGCCUUACACAGGAAGCGGCACAGGUCCUAAUCCAGGCACUUGUCAUCUCCCGUCUGGAUUACUGCAACUCGCUGUUGGCUGGGCUCCCUGCCUGUGCCAUUAAACCCCUACAACUCAUCCAGAAUGCCGCAGCCCGUCUGGUGUUCAACCUUCCCAAGUUCUCUCACGUCACCCCCGCUCCUCCGCACACUCCACUGGCUUCCAGUUGAAGCUCGCAUCUGCUACAAGACCAUGGUGCUUGCCUACGGAGCUGUGAGGGGAACGGCACCUCCGUACCUUCAGGCUCUGAUCAGUCCCUACACACAAACGAGGGCACUGCGUUCAUCCACCUCUGGCCUGCUGGCUCCCCUACCUCUGCGGAAGCAUAGUUCCCGCUCAGCCCAGUCAAAACUGUUCGCUGCUCUGGCACCCCAAUGGUGGAACAAGCUCCCUCACGACGCCAGGACAGCGGAGUCACUCACCACCUUCCGGAGACAUUUGAAACCCCACCUCUUUAAGGAAUACCUGGGAUAGGAUAAAGUAAUCCUUCUACCCCCCCAAAAAAAAUUUUAAAAAAAUUGUGAAGUGGUUAUCACACUGGCUAUAAGGUGAAUGCACCUAUUUGUAAGUCGCUCUGGAUAAGAGCGUCUGCUAAAUGACGUAAAUGUAAAUGUAAAUGCAUACGGUUAGCGGUGUGGUUAAGGUUAGGGUUUAGGUUAGGGUUAGGUUUAAAAUCACAUUUUAGGAAGAUAAAUUGUUUUAUGACUUUGUGGCUAUGGUAACUAGUGAUAACCUCAUCUUCUCCAUCCCAGGUGACUUCCUGACAGAGUUCUUUAAGCUGUGCUCCAAGAAGGAGUCAACAGAGGAGAUUCUGGGAAGAGGUCCAUUUGAGGAGGAAGGCAAAGGUAAUGUGUUCUAUGGCUACUGGGGUGUAUCUCAAUAGUCUAACAUCUCUUUCUUUCAUUUUCCAAUAUGGUGUAUUCCCUAGGGGGAUUUGUGCAGAUGGAGGAAAGGAGAUGAGAAGUAGAAGCCACUCUGGACCCUUGGCUUGUUGUUUUGUUUGUUUGCAUGUGAAGGGAGAAUAUGCUCUCUCUGUUAGAGCCCACCCUCACUCCCUCCCUGUGUAUGGCUUCCCUGUCCCUCCCCCUCCACUCCCUCCUCAUUACAGACGACAUCAGCCAUGCCCUGUCUAAGCUGACGGAGCCCACGGCCGUGCCCAUCCCCAAGCUGUCGGUCUCCAACAUGGUGCACAGCGCCCGUAAACGCAUCCGCCGCAUCGACAAAUCACCGCUCAGCAACGACGUGCUCAACUCCAUACUGCUGGUGAGAGACACAAGCAGGCACGCACGCAUGUCCUGACACACACACACACACACUCUUACACGUAAAGAAACCCACAUCAUCUGUGAUGGGUUUACUAGGCCAUGUGUUUGGCCUGUUCAGAUGUCUACUGCACCCUUCUGAAGGCUUAUGGGGAUUUAGGCUGGCUGACAUCAUACUACACAAGUGGCUCUGCCUCAGUGGCUGUGUGAGAGAGAGCGAGAGAUCCAGCCAUUUUCUCUCUGAGCAGAGCAGGAGAGCUGAGUCUUCAGCUAGGCUCCUCUGUUACUGGCCCUGCUGUGUGGAACAGUUUCUUAAUCAGCCAUGAAGGCACUGGCUGUGUCCCAAAGGGCACCUUAUUCCGUACAUGCACACACUGCCAUUGGCCUAGACCAGGGUUUCCCAAACUUGGUCCUGGGGCCCCCCCUGGGUGCACGUUUUGGUUUUUGCCCUAGCACUUCACAGCUGAUUUAAAAUAACCAACUCAUCAUCAAACUUUGAUUAUUUGAAUCAGCUGUGUAGUGCUAGGGCAAAAAGCAAAACGUGCGCCCAGGACAGAGUUUGGGAUACCCUGGGUUAGAUGCUCAGUGGUCAGUCAGUCAAAACAUUAAAAUCAGACACUCGGUUCGUAGCAGGAUUGUUCCUUGUCUCAAGGGAAGGAUAUGGAUGUUCCCAUGUAUGAUCGUACGUGUGUCAGUAUCUCUUCCCAGACGCAGCAGGUAAGCCAUCAUCAGAGAACAGCGAGAGAAAGGCUGCUCAAUCAAACACCGAUGGGAAACCAGAAGAGAAGGAUUCUGACGACUAUGUAUGUCUGCUCUCUGUACUUUACCAAACUAUCACUGUGUCAGACACACUGCACUCCAGGGGUGUGUUCAGUAGGCAUGCCAUUGGAGAAACAUUUUGAAAUACUUUAACUUGUCUGAUAAAAGCACCCAUUGUAAUUUUUUUGGUAUGAAAUAGAUUUUUCCCUACUGAACUAAACUCAGAAAUACAAUUUUCAAUUGUCAAGAAAAAGUCUGAUUGAUUAGUGUCAUUUUCGGCAAUACUGCGUCCUGAUUGUAGUCCCCCCCCACCCCCCAGAGCCUGUACAACCAGCUGAAGUCUGCUCCUAGUGACAGUCUAACGUACCGCCUGGCGCUAUGUCUGUGUCUGGUUAACUUCUACCAUGGAGGGGUUCGGGCCGUGGCUUACCUCUAGCAGGAGUUUGUCCUGGAGAUGAGAUACCGUUGGGAGAACAACUACCUCGUCUACGGGUGAGAAGAAGCAGAUUUUAUCUGGAUUGAUUGAUUGUUACACCAAUUGCUACCCAAUAGGGGAAACAACAACAGAUAUACCAUUAGGAUUAAUUCUAAACUACCUCGUCUUCGGGUGAGAACAUGGUCCUAUUCAUUACGCAACAAACAGAAGAAACUAUAUAUUUUUCUGUUUUCCGUUUUGCUACGGUGUGCCCCGAUGAAUAAGACCCCAGAUUAUAACACCUUCAGUUGCUACCUAAUGGGACACAUUAACAAGCACAGCAUCGAUUGGGAUCAAUUCUAUUUAUAUUCCUGUCAAUUUAAGUUCAUAUGGAAUUUGUCCAUUAAUAGACAUCUACUCAGACAUCCACCCACUAAAUUCCUGAGGGGACUAGAAUGUAACCAAAUUUGAUUCAACCCUCAUCAAAUUGGAUUGAACCUGAACUGGAAUCCCAUCAAUAAUGAUGUUUAGGAUAUACAGUACCAGUCAAAAGUUCGGACACACCUACUCAUUCAAGGGUUUUUCUUUAUUUUUACUAUAUUCUACAUUGUAGAAUAAUAGUGAAGACAUCAAAACUAUGAAAUAACACAUAUGGAAUCAUGUAGUAACCAAAAAUAUAUACAGUGAGGGAAAAAAGUUUUUGAUCCCCUGCUGAUUUUGUACGUUUUGCCCACUGACAAAGACAUGAUCAGUCUAUAAUUUUAAUGGUAGGUUUAUUUGAACAGUGAGAGACAGAAUAACAACAAAAAAAUCCAGAAAAACGCAUGUCAAAAAUGUUAUGAAUUGAUUUGCAUUUUAAUGAGGGAAAUAAGUAUUUGACCCCUCUGCAAAACAUGACUUAGUACUUGGUGGUAAAACCCUUGUUGGCAAUCACAGAGGUCAGACAUUUCUUGUAGUUGGCCACCAGGUUUGCACACAUCUCAGGAGGGAUUCUGUCCCACUCCUCUUUGCAGAUCUUCUCCAAGUCAUUAAGGUUUCGAGGCUGACGUUUGGCAACUCGAACCUUCAGCUCCCUCCACAGAUUUUCUAUGGGAUUAAGGUCUGGAGACUGGCUAGGCCACUCCAGGACCUUAAUGUGCUUUUUCUUGAGCCACUCCUUUGUUGCCUUGGCCGUGUGUUUUGGGUCAUUGUCAUGCUGGAAUACCCAUCCAUGACCCAUUUUCAAUGCCCUGGCUGAGGGAAGGAGGUUCUCACCCAAGAUUUGACGGUACAUGGCCCCGUCCAUCAUCCCUUUGAUGCGGUGAAGUUGUCCUGUCCCCUUAGCAGAAAAACACACCCAAAGCAUAAUGUUUCCACCUCCAUGUUUGAUGGUGGGGAUGGUGUUCUUGGGGUCAUAGGCAGCAUUCCUCCUCCUCCAAACACGGCGAGUUGAGUUGAUGCCAAAGAGCUCGAUUUUGGUCUCAUCUGACCACAACACUUUCACCCAGUUGUCUUCUGAAUCAUUCAGAUGUUCAUUGGCAAACUUCAGACGGGCCUGUAUAUGUGCUAUCUUGAGCAGGGGGACCUUGCGGGCGCUGCAGGAUUUCAGUCCUUCACGGCGUAGUGUGUUACCAAUUGUUUUCUUGGUGACUAUGGUCCCAGCUGCCUUGAGAUCAUUGACAAGAUCCUCCCGUGUAGUUCUGGGCUGAUUCCUCACUGUUCUCAUGAUCAUUGCAACUCCACGAGGUGAGAUCUUGCAUGGAGUCCCAGGCCGAGGGAGAUUGAUAGUUAUUUUGUGUUUCUUCCAUUUACGAAUAAUCACACCUACUGUUGUCACCUUCUCACCAAGCUGCUUGGCGAUGGUCUUGUAGCCCAUUCCUGCCUUGUGUAGGUCUACAAUCUUGUCCCUGACAUCCUUGGAGAGCUCUUUGGUCUUGGCCAUGGUGAAGAGUUUGGAAUCUGAUUGAUUGAUUGCUUCUGUGGACAGGUGUCUUUUAUACAGGUAACAAACUGAGAUUAGGAGCUUUAAGAUUGUGCUCCUAAUCUCAGCUCGUUACCUGUAUAAAAGACACCUGGGAGGCAGAAAUCUUUCUGAUUGAGAGGGGGUCAAAUACUUAUUUUCCUCAUUUAAAAUGCAAAUCAAUUUGUAACAUUUUUUACAUGCGUUUUUCUGGAUUAUUUUGUUGUUAUUCUGUCUCUCACUGUUCAAAUAAAUAUACCAUUAAAAUUAUAGACUGAUCAUUACUUUGUCAGUGGGCAAAUGUACAAAAUCAGCAGGGGAUCAAAUACUUUUUCCCCCUCACUGUGUGUUAUAUUUGAGAUUCUUCAAAGUAGCCACCCUUUGCCUUGAUGACAGCUUUGCACAGUCUUGGCAUUCUCUCAACCAGCUUCAUGAGGUAGUCACCUGGAAUGCAUUUAAUUUAACAGGUGUGCCUUGUUAAAAGUUAAUUUGUGGAAUUUCUUUCUGUCUUAAUGCAUUUGAGCCAAUCAGUUGUGUUGUGACAAGGUAGGGGGGGCAUACAGAAGAUAGCCCUAUUUGGUAAAAGACCAAGUCCAUAUUAUGGCAAGAACAGCUCAAAUAAGCAAAGAGGAGAAACGACAGUCCAUCAUUACUUUAAGACAUGAAGGUCAGUCAAUCCGGAAAAAGUCACGAACUUUGAAAGUUUCUUCAAGUGCAGUCGCAAAAACCAUCAAGCGCUAUGAUGAAACUAGCUCUCAUGAGGACCGCCACAGGAAAGGAAGACCCAGAGUUAUCUCUGCUGCAGAGGAUAAGUUCAUUAGAGUUACCAGCCUCAGAAAUUGCAGCCCAAAUAAAUGCUUCACAGAGUUCAAGUAACAGACACAUCUCAACAUCAACUGUUCAGAGGAGAAUGUGUGAAUCAGGCCUUCAUUUUUUUAUUUCACCUUUAUUUAACCAGGUAAGCCAGUUGAGAACAAGUUCUCAUUUACAACUGCUGGUCGAAUUUACAUUUUUACAUUUUUAGUCAUUUAGCAGACGCUCUUAUCCAGAGUGACUUACAGUUAGUGAGUGCAUACAUUUUCAUACUGGCCCCCCGUGGGAAACGAACCCACAACCCUGGCGUUGCAAGCAGAAUUGCUGCAAAUAAACCACUACUAAAGGACACCAGUAAUAAGAAGAGACUUGCUUGGGCCAAGAAACACGAGCAAUGGACAUUAGACAGGUGGAAAUCUGUCCUUUGGUCUGAUGAGAUUUCUGGUUCCAACCGUCGUGUCUUUGUGAGACGCAGAGUAGGUGAACGGAUGAUCUCCGCAUGUGUGGUUCCCACCGUGAAGCAUAGAGGAGGAGGUGUUAUGGUGUGGGGGUGCCUUGCUAGUGUCACUGUCAAUGAUUUAUUUAGAAUUCAAGGUACACUUAACCAGCAUGGAUAGCACAGCAUUCUGCAGCGAUACGCCAUCCCAUCUGGUUUGCGCUUAGUGGGACUAUCAUUUUGUUUUUCAACAGGACAAUGACCCAACACACCUCCAGGCUGUAUAAGGGCUAUUUGACCAAGGAGGAGAGUGAUGGAGUGCUGUAUCAGAUGACCUGGCCUCCACAAUCACCUGACCUCAACCCAAUUGAGAUGGUUUGGGAUGAGUUGGACCGUAGAGUGAAGGAAAAGCAGCCAACAAGUGCUCAGCAUAUGUGGGAACUCCUUCAAGACUGUUGGAAAAGCAUUCCAGAUGAAGCUGGUUGAGAGAAUGCCAAGAGUGUGCAAAGCUGUCAUCAAGGCAAAGGGUGGGUACUUUGAAGAAUUAAAAAUAUAACAUAUUUUGAUUUGUUUAACACUUUUUUGGUUACUACAUGAUUCCAUAUGUGUUAUUUCAUAGUUUUGAUGUCUUCACUAUUAUUCCACAAUGUAGAAACUAGUCAAAAUAAAGAAAAACCCUUGAAUGAGUAGGUGUGUCCAAACUUUUGACUGGUAGUGUACACUGUGACAGUAUACUGAAUCAUCAUCAUUCUCCUCUCUUUCAGACUGGCCGGUGGUCCCUCAGACCUCCGCUGCUGUCUCCUCCACCAGAAACUCCAGGU